UGUCGCCAGAUGCCGCUCUGGUGGUUUCGUGGUCACAUUUGCACGUGGUGUUGUUGUUAACUGAACUUUUUGCACCGCUUCUCAUCCAACCACAUGCACGGGAGUGCCUGCAGCCCACAGAGCGGCGACAGCGAUAUUCAACAACAUAGCAGCUCAUGAAAUGCGGCUAUAAAGUGUUCCAAGCAGGGGACGUGUGGCACUAAAUGUGACAGUGACGGGUUGACGCGUGGGUAAACGGAAUAUCGGAAAUGUGUCCUCAUGGGGCUUCACAUGGAUGAAAAACUACCACGAACAAAAAAACUAAACAUAAACCUAUUAACAGGGGAAAAGGGAGAAACCUCAGGGAGAGACCCAAGUGAUGGAUUCCCCUCUCCCAGGACGGACAGGAGUAGAAAGAAAGAAAAGUAAGUAGAAGAAAAUGAAGUUUAAAAAGAAUUAUGAGAAAAGACAAGAGAGAGAGAGAGAGAGAGAGAGACAGAGGGGAGGGGAAGAGAGAGAGAAGGCGAAACUUGGGCAGUGAUGCAACCCAGUCAGUCUUCAGUGAGAGAGCACUGAGAGAGGAUCAUGCAGCGGAUAAGCUUUCACUCCCAUCAGCUCUGCCUUCAUCAUCAUCAUCCUCACCCUGUAAACCCAACCAGGCCCAGCUGAGGAGUCAUGUCAGCGAACACCACCACCACGGGGGCCGCGCAGGGGAGGGACUACACCUGCGUGCGCUUCUACGUGUCCACCGUGUCCUUCUCGGUGCUCCUCUUCUUCAACCUCCUCAUCAACUGGACCAUCGUGCGCGAGGAGCGGCUCCGGACGCGCGCGCGCUUCGUGCUGGUCUUCCACCUGCUCGUGUCCGCCCUGGUCUACCUGGGCACGAGCGGCCUCUUCUACCAGCAGCUGCACCUGGACGCGCGGCCGGGCCGCGUCGCCUGCGUGCUCAUGGUCACCGUCCUGAUCAGCAGCGCCUCCAACAUCCUGCUGACGCUCACGGCGAUGGCCCUGGACCGCUACUGCGCCGUGUGCCACCCGAUGCGCUACACCGCCACCUGCGCCGCGGGCCACUGGCCCUGGCUGCUGGGCGCGCUCACCUGGCUGGUGGCCCUGGCCAUCCCGCUCAGUCUGCUCCUCCAGCCGGACCCCGGGGCCGGCGGCGACGGGCCCGACUAUCGCGGGGAGUGCGGCCCGGAGCAGCAGAGGAAAGGCGGGCUGCAGAAGGUGGUGUUCAUCGGCGUGUGCACGGCGCUCAUACUGUACAGCUACGCGCGCAUACUCGUGGAGGGGCGGCGGCUGGGGGUGGUCAACAGGCGCAACCGGGCCGGCUGCAGGACGAUCGCCCUGCACGGCAUCCAGCUGGCCGUGUACAUCCUCCCCAACUUCGUGAACUUCGUGCUGACGACGCUGCACAAACACGACUUGAUCCAGACGCGCACCAAGGAGCUGUCGGCCGUGGUCGUCUUCGCCUUCUUCAGCUUGGCGCAGUGCAUUGCGCCGGUCGUUUACGGGCUGCGCAAAGAGGAACUGCUGGAGAAGUUGAGUCACCGGUUCCCCUGCUGUUCCCGACACCUGAAGAGCGUGCUGGGCUGGACCGUGCAGGCCAGCUGGCAACAGCCCCGCCAAAGAACACGGGAGCGAACGCUGACAGUCCAGACGAGCAUCUCCCAAGAGGUCCCACAAGCCCCAGCGGAGGAGGAGGAGGAGGAGGAGGAGGAGGAGACUCGGCCAAUGUCAGUCAGGAGUUCCUCAAAUGACUCCCACUCAUGUCAAGGUGAUACGGACAACGCCUGAUGGGAAAAGAAACGGGUCACCGUCAGGAUGCCGAGGGGCACGGGAACAUUUUUGGAUCAGUGGGUGGAUUACUCAGCGUCGGGCCAAGAAAGGAACUAGAGGAAUCUCCUCGGACUUCCCGGUAUAAGUCGGCUGGAAGAUUCAGACCGACGCGUGAAGCAACAUUGUGUUUGCCCUGUAACGAGCGCAGACAUGCGGAUUCACAGCGGAGCUGCUUAGCGACCAAAACCACUGGUUAUUCUAAAUGUUCCCUGGCUGGUCCAGGGAUUUCAAAGCUUAAAGUCGUCAGGUGACAGGUCAACUACUCAGACUACUGCUGACAGUCCUGCAUCAUUCCGCUGUGACGGAGGAUCGUUUUGUUUCCAUGUGUUCUUUAAGCCCGUGCAUGUUGAAGUCUCGUGGUCUCGGUCCACGUGGAUAUCUUUCCAGCACCUGGAAAUAAAAAAAAAAGAGGAAGGUCAAAUGGCAGCGGUGGUUCAUUUCGUAAUUGCAGUGGAACAGCUGUUGUCUGCUGAUGAUGAUUAAUCCCUCUCUUACCAAGUUAGAGAAGAUGAGAAGAUCAAUACUGCUCUCAAUAUUAGGUGUAAGCAGCUGAUCCCCAAAGAAACGAUUGUUGUUUUUUUAGUAUCAAUACAUAUAUAUAUUUUUUUUACAUGUUAACGUGUAUGAGAAUUACUAAUUUACAGAGAACAGUAACAAGAAAAAGCCUAAAAGCAAAUUAUUUGGUGGUGACGUCCCCUGCACAUUACAUUGGCUGCUUUAAACAAUGAAACUGUAUCAAUAUCAUGAGGAAAAAACUAAUAAGUAAACAACUAGCCCAGAACACAAAAUUUCAUCUUUACUUUUGUUUUGCUUUUAUAUGACGUGAACAAACAAGAUCGAAUAGAGAGGUACAGGGUUUUCCUGUUUGUUGUCUUUGAGCUAAGCUGACACGUAUCCUGGCGCCAGCAUCAUUUUUUUUUAAGGACACCCAUUAGAUUUAAUAAAAAACAACUAACGAUUA